AAUAUACUAUUCUCCUUUAUAGUACUCCAAUGAAAAGCCUGAACUUGUUUUCUACCGAGUCCCGCUCCAUCCGCCGACUCCAGCGGGAUCGUGGUUGAAUAUAUGGGAUAUCCAGUUCUCUGAUUUGAGCGUGCGAUGCGAUUGUGCCUCUCUAGGAUUGUAAGUUGUUUCCUUCGCACUCAUCUCAUGCUUUGUCUCUAAUUUUGAGAGCCGAUGUGAGGAGAAGGUGGAAGGGCAAGGGCUACAGCUAAAGCCCAAUAUAGGCAAUAGUCAGAAGCCAAAUCUCAUCAGUGCUUUAAAAUUGUUCAUCCUCGCGAUGCGCUUCAAAAGGAAAACUGGUUGGUACAGCUUCUUGUGCGGAAAGGCUCAAUUUCUACCCUGGGGCUUUCGUCCGGUCCCGUCUGCCACGCGUCUAUCGAGGGUGCUUUAUCAAUUACUUCCCCUCCCUUGCUCUAUUAUGUCACAUAGCUAGACUGUGGUUAUUACCUAUAUCGUAUUCAUUGGAACAAAAAGUGUAGGCCCUUUUCGCUAAUUCCUUCGUCUUGUGAUAUUGGGUAUACCACCUAGGCAUUUACCCCCUUUGGAGUUAUUGUUAGCGGAACAGCACAUAACCGCAACCGCUAUAAUUACCUUAAUUUAUGAUUUACUGUCGACUUAAAAUUUGGCCCUUCUAUUUUUAGCUACCUACCUACGCUAUUUUCGAUUUUUCGCUCCAUUUCCACCACCCACGCUUGCGUAAAUCUUCUUAGUAAACAGAAAUGGGCGCAUGUCGGCGUGCAACACGAUAAAUGAUAACAAAAUUGUAGUUUUAGACAUUUUUUAAAGCAUUUAUCUGUAUUUUCUACGUGAAUACCUUUAGAAUAGCGAUCAAACAAAGUAGCGCAUUGAACCCAUCAAUUUUAUUAUGAUAGUGUACGAAUAUGAAAAUUUACUCGCCAAUGUUAAUUUAUAAUGGAAUAUUUAUUUCUACAAUGGCUAAUUGUACUGAUUCUACCCUCGUUAUGUAUUUGCUUAGAUCAAGCUUCAUUUUACGGUAACAGUUUUAUAUCACUCCCUCUGAAGGAGGCGAAAGGACAUACGGAUAUCCACUUUAAGUUUCGCAGUCAAUUAUCGAACGCGUUGAUCUUUUUGGUUGCCGGCUCAAUCGACUAUUGCAUACUAAGACUGGAUGAUAGCAGACUGAAAGUAAAUAUCAAUUUGGGCUCUGGCGAAUUCGAGAUAGCCUCGCCGCCCGGGGUGAAGCUAAACGAUUUAGAAUGGCACGAAGUCACUGUGAUUCGCAGGGAGGCCAGUUUAUCGUUGGUCAUCGAUAAUCGCCAGCCCAUUAAAAAGCAGCUUCCAGGGAAGUUUUUCGAACUGAACAUCCAUUACGGAUUAUUUGUGGGGGGAUACGGGAAUUUUACCGACGUAUUCUUCGGCCACCAGGAAAACUUUCGGGGCUGCUUGUCCGACUUGAUAUAUAAUGGCAUUCCUGUGCUCGAACGCGUACGAUUCCGUCAGACUCAGGCGACGGUACAAGGUAUAACGUGGAAUUGUGGCGCCGAAAUUGACGCGGAUUCGAACCAACCCAUCAGUUUCGUAGAUGAUGGGGCAUAUUUUACGGUUACGACAUCAUCGAAGCUCGAUAUGAUGUCGUGGCAGUUCGAGUUGAAAACUGUGAGUGAAAAAAACGCGAUUAUUUUGUACAAUACCGGGCUACCGUCUAAAUUAGAUACUGUGUCUUUGGAAUUGUGGAAGGGAAAAUUGAAGCUUCUCUUAAAGAUAGGAAAUAAUAAAGUCAUCGACGGUACUAGUGACAUAUUCGUUGCUGACGGGCAAUGGCAUAAGGUAACAAUCCGAAUUUUGUCACCUUAUAUUGAAUUAAACGUCGAUUCACGUACAAAGAGCUUAAAAUUCUUUAAAGCCGUUGGUUCAUCAUGGGAAACGAGCGACCUACUGUAUAUUGGCGGGGUUGAUGAUUAUAAACGAACUAAACUGUCCGCAAAGGGGUUGAAGAUCCCUGAUAGUAGUUUUAAAGGAUGCAUUCGGUAUAUAAAGGUGGGCACUAGACAGAUAGGGUUGCGCGAUGCCAGAGCGACCGAAGGUCUAUUGAAUGGUUGUAUGUGGAAGUUUCCAUGUUUAGGGAAUAAUCCUUGCACUAAUCAAGGGACGUGCGUGCAACAAGGCCUUGAUUCCUAUCAGUGUCUGUGCAAAUCGGGCAGCUGUUCAAAUUCCACGAAUCAAAAGAGUAAAGUCAUCUCGAGAGGCAGUUUGGCCACCGAUUUAGAACUCCUAAUAUUAGAACCGUUACAAGUGAUGGAGGGACAAAGUGUUUUGAUUACCACCACUAACCUGCACGUGGUCUUGGAUUAUCCGAAGUAUGGAAUUGGCGAAUCGGGUGUUAUUUUUCACAUAUUGGAAAUGCCCGAGCACGGCAACGUGGUCAUCGACGUUUGGCCACACGAAAAAAAUUCCUUCACGCUAGCAGACAUAUCGAAGGACAAAGUGUAUUAUGUACAUGAUGGUUCAGAAUAUACCGAAGACAUUAUUAAUAUGGAAGUCGAAUUUUCGGCAACUGACGUGUUUAUACUACCAGUUUACUUGCAAGGGAGGUUUAAGUUAACGAUCAACGUUAAUAUUACACCAAUUAACGAUCCUCCUGUGUUAAAUAUUCCUCCGACCGCCGUCUUACGGUUGGCACGGGGAACAAAGGGACUGAUCAAUCGAGAGUUGGUGAAUGUAAUCGAUCCGGACAGCUCGACCGAUCAACUGGUGUUUAGCGUCGUCGAUCCCGGAUCCGGUCAUUUAGAACAUCUACGCAACUCUGGGAAGCCGAUCAAUUCGUUUACUCAGCAAGAAAUGGACGACGAUCAAGUCGUGUUCGUUCAUCACGCAACCGCCCCCGACGAUUCCUAUCUUUCGUUGAGAGUGUCGGACGGAAUGGAAACCAGUAAGAUCGCCAAGUUGCGAAUAUCCGCCUUUCAACAAGUUUGGCGCAUUCAAAAUAACACGGGGUUAAUAGUUAUGCAUGAGGGAGUCGGCGUCAUUACAUCGUAUAAUAUAAGCUUUACAUCAAAUGUGCAGCAGAGCUUGGAGGAGGCUCAAUAUUAUAUCGUGCAGGAACCGCAAUUGGGCGUAGUUGAAAUAGAGACGAGUUUAGAUGUAUGGAAAAAGGCGACUACGUUUACGAGCGACGAUUUGCGACGACGUCGCAUUAGGUAUCGUCACUUGCGAUCGAAACCUAACCAUGAUGAGUUUCAGUUCCGUACCACAUUAAAUAGUUCACUGAUUUACACAUUUCGAAUCACGUUUAAGAACUGCGAACUUAUCAGCUCCGCCUCGAACCGCUUACAAAUGAAUGACGUAGGACAAAGUCCCAUCACACAAGCUCAUCUAAAUUUCAGAACGGAACCUAUCGCAUCCUCGACUGCCGCGAUAUUGUUCGUAAUAACCGACACCCCGAAGUAUGGUAGUCUGUUUCUGUCCGAUUCGAAAUAUCAGAUGGGGUUGGGGGAUACUUUUAGUCAAGAGGAUAUCUUAGCCAACAAUAUAAAUUAUCAUUUCUUUCGAAAACCUUACUCUUUCAUUAAUGAUAGUUUCGACUAUGCCGUCAUGAUACGUGGAUGUAAGAAUAAGACUGGAAAUAUUAGCAUUGAAUACCGUCCAUCUGAGGAUACGUUGUUGAAGGCUAAUGUUAUUCUUCAAACAUUGAAGGUUGAAGAGGGUGGAAGCGCUGUAAUUGACUCGUUACAUUUGAACAUUGUUAGUAAAUUAGUGAGCGAGUUACAAUACAAUGUUACCGAGCCCCCUCGUCAUGGAUACCUUAAGGUGAACUAUGGUGAUUUGAUACGUAACAAAACAAGCUACUUUACAACGACAGAGCUUUUAGCAAAAGCCGUAGUUUAUGUGCACGACGACUCGGAAACAAAAAACGACACCUUUCGGUUUUUCGCAUAUUCGACAUCGGAUAUGGAAGAUUUCCAAUUUAGCGAAGAAUUUAUCAUUGAAGUUGCUCUCAAGAACGAUAACAGUCCCUAUCGAAUCGUAGAUAAAGUUUUUGAAGUUGUGGUUAACGGGCAGAAAUUGUUAACCGCGAGUGAUCUCAAAUAUGCAGAUCCCGAUAGUGAUACGCCUCCUUCAACUCUCGUAUACACCUAUAGAGAUUUGCCCAACGGCAAAUUGUAUAAUUUGCGCAAUCUAUCCGCCGAGAUUACGGAAUUUUCGCAAAAAGAUUUAGACGACGGCAUAUUACUUUUCAAACAUAACGGUCCGAAGUACGGCAAAGGAAAGUUGUGGAUAACUGAUGGUCAAUUUUAUGUUGACGGUAUCUUACAGAUUCAAGCGUCUGCCCCUUUUAUUAGAAUAGGAAAUGGCAAAAAGUUGCUUACACAACAUGGACAUUGGGCUAUCAUAUCUAGUCAACAUCUUUUUGUCGAAACAAACUUAUAUACGACUGAUGACGAAGUAAACUACGAGAUUAUUACGAAGCCUUUAUAUGGGAAAAUCAUUACUGCGCCUGAUUUACUGGAGGUCUCACAUUUUACACAAACGAUGAUCAACAUCGGACACGUUUUCUACGCUCACGAAAAUGGUAGCAACGCCGUCUCGGUAGAUCAAGUCAGUUUGAGGGUGAGAUGUAAGGAUGCGGUGAACGUCACGCAGCUAAAUGUCUGGAUGCUGCCGGCAAGCUAUUGGGAUCCGUUAAUACUAAAAAAUUCUCGGCUAUUGACAGUUGAAGAAUCGACUAGCGCCGUUAUUGACAGUACAAUUUUGGAGGUGUCACAAUCGAGUGAUGUACCGGCAGGGGCGAUUAUGUACACAAUUACCGAAUAUCCCCACAAUGGUUAUCUCAGUAUUGUACCAGUGGCAGACAGUGAAAGUAACGAGCCUUUAAUUGUGACAGUCUUCACUCAGGCUCUAAUCAACGAGAAUCGGCUUGUAUAUGUUCAGUCGCGAUCCAAUCAAACUACAGAUACAAUCGGGUUUAACGUUACCAACAGCAUGGUGUGGCUAAGCGGUGUCAACUUGGAUAUACAAAUAAUUCCUGAACAUUUGUAUUUGGGUAGUAAUGUGGUGAAUGUCAACGAAGGUGGCAAAGUUGUCUUAACCGGAAAUCAUAUUUAUGUACAAACAGAGUAUUUUAAAUCAAAAGUUACCGAUUACGUAGUAGUCAAACCGCCAUUACAUGGGGUGCUGGAAAAUCGAGACCGGAAUCACAAUCUUGGAAAUUUUAGCCACGAAGAACUAAUUAUCGGCACUGUACAGUAUGUACACGAUAAUUCUGAAAAUUUGCACGACCAAUUCACUGUUCUUGGUAUAACUGAUAAUAAAAAGAGCAUGCCGUUAGUAGUGGACAUCAACGUUACUUCAGUUAAUGAUCAAAUACCAAUGAUCGUAAAUAACACUGGACUGACAAUGUGGGAGGGCGGACUUUCAGUCAUCACCAAUGAAAUGCUGUCUGCCGUUGAUCUUGACACUCCAGCAGACUCGAUAGUGUUUCAAAUCUUGGGCUGUUGGUGGGGGAACGUCUCAAUAGUAUCCGAGCCAGAUUCAUCACUUCGUUUUUUUACCCAAGAACUCAUUAAUCAAGAGGUCAUCGUAUUUAGACACCAAAAUGGAAGCGCCGCAAAAUUUACAUUUAAUAUUAGCGAUGGUUUACAUAUCGAAGGCAGUUAUACAUUUGUAAUUAGAACAAAACCCGUUCAACUGAAAUUAGUCGAAAAAUCCGUUCUGCACGUUUUUCCUCUACAAAAGAAACUAAUCACCUCCAAGAAUUUGCUGGCAACAGUAUCAGAUAGAGAUCGAAGCAUAUAUUUUCGAAUUAUUCAGUUUCCGCGUUUGGGUCGCCUAAUCGCGCGCUCUAGUAAAAAGGACAACGUAUUUCAACUGACAAAUGGAUUUACGCAGUCCGAUAUAAAUGAUGGAAAAAUUUUUUAUGAGCACACUCAUCCUUUCGAAGAUCUGUAUGCCGAUGAUUCCUUCACUUUUGAUAUAGAAUCUCAUCUUGCUGCUCCCUUAACCAAUCAGAAAUUUAAAAUCGAUAUAUCAGUAUCUUCGGGCGGCUUAGAUGCAUACAUAAACAUUCCCAAGGUGAGAGUAGAUGAAGGUGGCAUAACGAACAUCAAGCUCAACUUGUCGGGAGUAGUCUCAUUUCUGGAAAACCACUCCGGAUUAAAGUCGCCUAUAAUUCACGCGUCCACCGUGACCAAUUCGAUCCACGGCCAGGUUUUUUUGCAACCCGAAUCUAAUCUAACUACUUUUACCCAAAACCAGUUGGAAAAUGGACAAGUGUACUACCAGCAUGAUCAUUCAGAUACCUUAGAAGAUAAUGUGUUUUUGUCAUUAUAUCUACUGCCUGGAUAUAUUACUUUGUGCAACAUUACGAUUCCGAUUCAAAUCGACCCGAUAAACGAUCAACCUUUCAAGCUUGUUACACCGGCGCCCCACUUCGUCGUCGUUCAAGGCGAAAAUCACACGAUUACCAAUAUGGAGUUGUGUACUGAAGAUCCCGAUACUGCACCUGUGGAUAUACUUUACGAUAUUAUUACUGCACCUUCGGAAGGUCGAUUGAUUUUGUUGCCCGAGGGUAUACCAAUUAGCCACUUUUCUCAAGAUGAUAUCGACAUGGGUCGUUUAGUGUAUAUUCACGAUGGGGUUUUGCUGGCGGACGUUUUCCAUUUGAGAGUUUGGGACGGAAAAUUUCGCCACGAUUACACAGUUUUCAAUAUUCAAGUGACGCCGAUUUUGUUCAAUGUAUCCGUAGGAGUUCCACUGUACAUCCAGCAAGGUUCGAAUGUUGUACUGCUAUCUCGGAAACAGUUUGCUAUUGAGACGAAUGCAGAUGUACUUAAGAUACAAUAUGUAAUACAGGAUGGACCGAGACAUGGUGUUGUGUAUGUAAAAGAUGCUCCGGCUACAUCCUUUAAGCAGGCGCAUUUGGAUAACGGCGAAGUUAUGUACAUGCAAACUGACAUGACUACUGCAAAUGAUAGUAUUAGAAUAUAUGUGACCAUAAACGUCGUCAACACGACGAUAGGUGACUUAGUCGACGUGACCUUGAAAGUUCAACCAUUGAUGCAAAUACGAAACGUCACAAUUAUUGCCGGCACAAGCAAUCGAAUAGGUGUCAACGUUUUAGAUGCGACGCCCCUCGCGAAACUGACUAAUAGUAAUCCCUCGUACAGCAUAGUCGAGUUUCCCAAGUACGGUCAGGUGCGGAAAAUAAUUCGUAGCUCCGGACAGACAAGAAAUGUACUUGAUUCGUUGAUAAGCAGUUUUACACACGAAGAAGUUCAAAGUGGCCUUAUUUACUUAAUAACAAGAGACUUAGACGUUGUUUGGGACGGUCUUAGCGACGAAUUACAUUUCAUUCUCGCGGCAACCAUAUUUCAGCCGGCAAUGGGAAAGUUAAAAAUUACGAUCAAGGCAAAUUCACAAUUGGAUGUGUAUACGACGUUAUCCAGUCCGAGUGAUCCUGCCGGACGUGACGGCGCGACGCACGUUGCUAGCCCCAACAUGACUAGAGACUAUUUUUUAAUUGUUAGUAUGGUGGUUGGUGUAAUUGUUUUGGGGGUCACAGUAAUCGUAAUAAUAAAAUGUCGUGCUCUUGAACCUGAUAUCACCAAAGAUACACAGUCCCUUCAACCCAUUCCGUUACCACGCCCUCCCGAUACCCUUAUGACGUCGCCAUCUCCCAUUAAGCAACAUUUACACGACGAAUUUAACUCUUCUCUUCCUUCCACUCUUCCACAAUGCAAGGUCACUCCGUUAAGCGACACACACACUCGUUAUCCCUACGGUAUUGAAGAACAUUUGGAUGAUUGGAGUAGCUGUGAUGCGUCUGAUCCUUCGUGCCAACUUAGAAAUAAUAUAAUGUUGCGUAGAAAUCAGUAUUGGGUUUAAGUUAUUUCCAUUGUCGUUAUCUCUAACCUUUCAUUACGCCUUGCAAUGGAAAGGUCGAAGAUAUUUAAUGUUUGUUGUGUGAUUUAGGGUUAGCUAAUUCAGUAUAUACUUUUUGUAUUUAUUGGUUCAUUAUAGUUGCAUGUUUUACAAUUUAAUACGUUUUGUACUUAAUCUUUUAUUGGGAAUUAAAUCACGGAUGUGGAAUUGUUUAUAAA